AUGAAGUGGCUCUGGACAAACACAACACAAGUUGGCUUCGGCGAAAACGCAGUUACAGAACAUCUUAAGAAGUUCGUACAGCCAAAGUCCAAGGUUCUCGUUACAUUCGGUGGCGGAUCCAUUGAUAAGAACGGCGCACGCGCUGAUGUCACAAAGGCCCUCGAGGAACUCCAAGUUGAGGCUCGCUGGGAAGGUGGCAUCCAGCCAAACCCAGAUUAUGCUCGCUGCGUCGAGAUCAUCAAGGUUGUCCGCGAAUUCAAGCCAGAUUUGCUUCUUGCUGUCGGUGGCGGCUCAACACUUGAUGCCACAAAGUUCAUUUCCGCUGGUGCUGCCCUUGAUCCAUCCAUCGAUCCAUGGGAAAUCCUCACAAAGAACACAUAUCCAAAGGAAUGCACCCCAAUUGGCUCCGUCAUGACACUCCCAGCCACAGGCUCUGAGUGGAAUCCAAACUUUGUCAUCUCCAAGAGAGCAACAGGCGAAAAACUCGCUGGUUCCAACCAGAUCACAUAUCCAAAGUUCUCUCUUAUGGAUCCAAAGUACACAAUGACACUCCCAGCUCGCCAGCUCCGUAAUGGUCUCUUCGAUGCAAUGGCACAUUGCAUUGACCAGUUCCUUACAGGCCAAAUUAACCCAAUGAUGGAUAACUUCUGGAUGUCCAUCAUGCGUGAGCUCGUUGAUAUCUCCGAAGACCUCAUGAAGCCAAACUCAUCCAUCGAAUUACACGGCAGACUCAUCAACGCUGCUACAUUCGCUCUCAACCUUGUCUUCACACUCGGAAAGGAAACAUGCUGGGGCAUCCACAUGAUUGGCCACAUGCUCACAGCUGAAUACGGCAUUGACCACGGUGCAACACUCGCAAUGGUCGCUCCAGGCUUCCUCAGACACUUCCUCUCAACACGUGGAUACCUCAUGGCUCGUUCUGCUGAACGUGUCUUCGAUAUCCGCGAGGGAACAGAUGAGGAGAAGGCAAAGAAGUUCAUCGAACUCCUCCAGCAGUGGGCUCUCAAGUUAGGCCACGUCAAGACAGUCCACGAGUGGCAGGGUGCUUCUCCAGUCAAGGAGGGCGAUCUCGAGAAGGUCACAAAGAUGGUCAUGGACUCCGUUGGUGGCAAGCCAUUCGGCUGGCACAAGGAAGUCACUGAGGAAAUCACACGUGAUAUCCUCAAGGAAAUCAUUGUCUACAUUUAA